AUAAACCCAGCAGUUUCCCCAUUGCUUCUCUGAUAUGCCAUUAGUUUUGUGUUCCUCACUUUUCCAUACAACAUAAGAGGUGUUGGAAUUUUCAGCAUGACUCCGGCAUUAGUGAUCUUGUUUUGUGUGUUUAUGGGGACACAUGGUUUCAACACACAGCUUGUUAUUGAACCUCAGCCCAACUUUGAUGUGGAGAGAUUCACAGGUGAAUGGUACCGUAUUGGAGUUGCAGAUGAGUCACCGUUUUUUGCAAUGAUCAAAAACCAUCUGAAGGUUUCUAAAGGCCUUCUAGUAUCAGAUGCCAACGGAAAUCUGAAUCUGACCAUGUGGAGCAUAAGACCAUAUGGAUGCUCCGUCAGUGUUUAUUCAUAUGAGAAAACAGAUGUUCCUGGAGAAUUCACUUACUUCAGCAAAAGGCACAAGAUAACAAAAGACAUCACCAUAGUGGAGACCAAUUACACUGAUUAUAGUUUGGUCCUUAAAUACAAGAACAUACACAAAGAAUACACUCAAGUAGCUCUUUACGGACGGUCAUCCAUACAAAGGCCAGAAUUAAUAGAGAAGUUCAGAUCUUUUGCUUUAUCUCUGGGCUUUUCUGACGAGGCCAUUGCCAUUCCAGCAGAUGUUGAUCCCUGCCCUAUUCUAGAACAAAGGAAUACGGCAGAAUUCAGAGAGGAGAAAUCUUCACAAUCUCCUAAUCAAUCAGCCUUUGGCACUGAGAAUCUUUCCAAAGUGUGACAGGAUGUUUUUAUUCAGUAACUCACUAUAACUUCAAACUAACUGUAUACUUUCGACAUCUUUCAGCCAGCCAUGGAUUCAGAUCUUGGGUUACAUAUAUUCUGUUUUGUUACACAUUUGGGGAACAGUGUCUGUUUUAACGCAAACGACCACUGGAGAAAUGCAACAUUAAACAUCGUCAAUGUAACGCAGUUUGUACUACGGUCGUAAAGCCAGCAGGUGGCGCAGUUGUAACAGGACACAAUCAGCCAACAUCUCAUAAUCUGGAGUUCCACCUGACAUAAAAAAUGCUACCAAUAAUGAUAUAUGUCUCAAAUGUAUGACUGUGGUUGUCUAAUGUUUACAGAACAAUUGUGUCAAAUCUUUGUGAUCAUUUUACAACGACUUUCAUAAUGAGUAAUGAAAAUUAAUUUGUUGUUGUUGUUGUUUUCAAUUAAACAAUACAUAUAGCCUUA